AUGCUGUCAGAACUGAGGGGUGGGGACAUCGACGCUCUGGUGCUUGACAGGAAUUUCAUUGAUAACACAGCUGCCACGGACUGCGAUUUCGUCGCGGUGGGGACGCCAUUUUCACUUGCUGAUGUUGGGUAUGGGCUGGCCCUCAACAUGCAAGAGCCGUUGGAGCGAGAUCUGAACAGGGUGAUCCGUGACCUCAUCCAGAGCGGAGUGACCGAGAAGCUUCGCAACACCCUGAUCCUGCGGGCUGCCGACACAACAAAGUGCAGGCAGGUUCAAGUGCAGCUGAACAACCAAGUCAAGCUAGAUCAGGUGGCAGGCCUGUGGGUCAUGCUGGCAAUCGCCUUGAUGUUUGCCCUCCUCGCGCUUGGCAUCUUCUGGCUGCGCCGCCGCCGCGCGGUCCAAUGGCUCGUCCUGAACGGCUUGCCGUCCGGCGCGCAGCUGGUGUCAUCGAAGGUGUUUGGCGGCUCGAGGGAGCGGCUCGCGUCGCUGCGCUCGGCGGCGAGCGCCGGGGGCGUCAAGGGCGGCAGGGGGGAGCGGGAGCUUUCCGAGCGCCGGAAGGACCGCAGCGGCGGCGACGCCUUUGACUGA